UUUAAUGAAUGCGCGUCAUUGAUAACUUCCGGUCUAGAAAUAAAUCAACAACAUCAAAAUAUUGUCAAAAUAACCGGAAUAAUGAAGCUAGAGGACAAUAUCUGUCCGAUAUGUUUGUAUAUAUUUAUACAACCGGUAACCAUGCCGUGUGAGCAUGAGCUAUGCUUGUCUUGUUUCAAACAAAACGUUGAGGAGGCGAAUUUUUGCUGCCCUAUGUGCAGAACAAGAAUAUCAACAUGGGCAAGAAGGGCAGCUAGAACAAAGAAACUAGUUAACAUUGAGAGAUGGGAAGAAAUUCAGAGAAACUUCCCAGAACAAAUCCGUAAACGUCAGGAAGGUGUGGAGGAAGAGGAUCCUGAGAUGAAUGCUUUGAAUAUUUCUAUAAAGCUAGCAGAACCUGGUGAAAUAAGAAACGAAUAUGAACAGCAAUUGAAAAAGUUACAGGAGCAGAGAGCAGAGGAGAGACGGAGGGAGCAGGAAGCUAGUGAGAAGUUAAUACAACAACUACAAGAAGAGGAAGAGAAACAACAAAAAGAACUUCUGUCCUUACAAGAGAAAGACGAGGAACUUGCCAAACAACUCUCACAGAUAGGAAGUCCAGGAGCUCAGGACGAGUUACGCACACGGUCUGCCGCUAGUAAUCCUCAUGAAUCACGGCCGACGAGCACAUUGGAAAACUUCCUAGGCCAGCUUGAAGGUGGUGCAGAAUGCCGGAGUCCCUCAAGAAGCCCAUACCCAUAUCCGUGUUUAUCACCAAUAGGCAGUGGAGCAGGAAAACUAUGUGUUGACAAGGACAAAGCUAAGCAUAUGGAGGAGACAUUUCUCAUGAAAAAGAUAAAAAAAGACAAGAAAUUGUUUACGACGGCUGAUGUUGAAAAGAUGGAGGAACGGUUUACACGCUACAGUAGAUCUAAAACGGCUUCCGCUACAGAGAUCGCCAUACCAGAUGUCCUACAGACUGGCAUUAAAGUUACUGCAUCUCCAACACUUACCAGCACAAUGAGCACAGCCAGUCUUCAUCAGAGUGAAAUCCUUGACCAGAUGUCAAAGGAGGUUUGUAUCAACCUGGCAGAUGAUGAGAGUAGUAACAGUAAUAUCAUCAGUAUAGCUGACUCACCUCAUAGUGACAUUAAGGAUUUAAAUAUAGAUGACACUGUUUUCCCAAGAAGUGUAAGUUCUCAUAGUAUAGACAGUAUAACUCAAGAAUUGAAUCAUUUCCGCCCAAUACGUUCAUGUCCCUUAACACCGCCACGACGUCUUCCCAGUGGAAAAGUUGUCGAGCCUAAACUCAUCCGUACAACUCCUCGAAAUCUAAGUGGAUCAGGAUUUACAUCCCCUGUGGAGACCAAUAUGUCCGAUAUAGAUGCCGGAAGUCCGGUGAUGCAGAGACGACUGAGUCAGCUCGCAGAUGAAAGAAAAGAUCAGGUGGAGAGAAUGAGUAAAUCAACAAGUACUGGUGUGGUAACCUCUCCUGAUGAAAAUCUUAACCCCAAGAAGAAACAGACAUGUGCUCCGGGGCAACCUACUUUAUCAUACCUUAGUAGCCGCAGUGUCGAACUUAAAGAUAUAUCAAACUCGCCAUUAACUACGCACGAUUCUCAUCCGUCGAGAAAGCUUAUCAUUCCGUUAGAACCAGAUUUGUCGGAGAACGACUGGGGAGGUAUAACCGGUAGUUUUUCCCCAGUGAAAAUAGAAAGAGUCAGUCCAGUUCAGUUUAGCGAGAGUGCAAAGAAGAGGGUGGCUAAGUUGUCGCGAAGUCGGACAUCAAAGUCUAAGGUGCGUUACACGAUGGAAGGUCCACAGCCGUCUUUAAUGAAUUGGGUGAAGAAAUCGGAUCCCCUAUGUAUCGACAAGGGUGGUAAUGGAGAUGGUAUCGUUGCGAUCAGGAUGGAUGAAGUCGAUGGUGACAAAAAACUACAGGAGAAGAGAAUGCUGGGCAUGUCAACUUCGGAUGAAUAUUUAGGCGACGAUUCUGCGAACAACUACAGCCCCAGAUCUAGACGCAGCCAUAAAAUGUACAAAGACCCUGACUUUGUAUAUGACAAUUCAGUGAAAUGUAAGAAAGUGUUGCUAAUUGAGGACGAUGACUCAUGUAAUGUGAGUGACGACUCUAGCUUUUCUACGCAAAGUUUUAAAAAGAGAAAAUUGUCGUCCACAGACUCGUGUGCUUUGUCUCCGAAGAAAAAAUCUAAAACGCAAAGUAAGUGUCAAAACAAUCAAACAAAAAUAGGUCUCAAAAAAUCUAAACAGCCUGUGAAGUCUAGAAAACUGAAAAAUGCGCAAAGUCGUCGGAUAAAACAAAAUCCAAGAGUUGUACAAACUAUGCAUGACUUUUUUACUAGCAUAAACAACAACAAUAACAAUAGCAAUUGUAGUUUUGACGAGGAUGUUGAUGAAAUUGAUCAGGAAGAGAAAGAUCGGCUCCUAGCACAGGAGCUGCAGAGACAAUUUGAGCUGGAAGCCAAAUUGAACCUGAGUGCACUUAGGUUCAAGGGCUCAUCGGAAGAGUACUCUCUAAGGAAAACUAGAAAACCUAAGGAAAUAGCCGAUGCAUAGUAAAAUGUGUAUGCAUAUGUAUAUUAUUAGAAUUAUCAUCUUCAUAAGUUUCAUUUUGCAUAUAUAGGUCAGUGUCUGAUUUCCUCUUUUUGACUGGUCAGUUGCUAGACAUAAGUAUAUUUCUUCAUAAAUGGCGUAGUUAGAAUUACCAUACUCAAGAAGUUUCUUUUUUCCUAAUAUAGGUCAUUACUAUUU